GACCAGGAACACACAGGCACGGGCAGUCACCCCUGAUCACGUGGUCGGGUUUCAGCCCACAGCUCCACGUGAUUCAUGUCUACUUCCGUUCCUGGUUUGUUGAAAAUGUUUGUGCAGAGCUUCAGGAUCUGACCAGUGCAGUAAACAUGAUUCUGUCCACAGCAGGGGUUUUAUUCUGCUCUGCACUCAUCCCUCUCACACUCUCCUCAGCUGCUCCGAGCUUCACAGUGGAUUAUAAAAACAACAGCUUCCUGAAGGAUGGAGAAUAUUUCCGCUACAUCUCGGGCAGUAUUCACUACAGCAGGAUCCCCAGGAUCUACUGGAAAGACAGGCUGUUGAAGAUGUUCAUGGCCGGACUCGACACCGUCCAGACGUACGUACCCUGGAACUUCCACGAGGCCGUGCCAGGUGUGUACGACUUCAGCGGAGAUCGAGAUCUGGAGUAUUUCCUCCAGCUGUGUCAGGACAUCAGGCUGCUGGUCAUCCUGAGACCUGGACCUUACAUCUGUGCUGAGUGGGACAUGGGCGGCCUUCCUGCAUGGUUACUAAAGAAGAGAGACAUUGUCCUCCGCUCAUCAGAUCCAGAUUAUUUAGUGGCGGUGGAUAAAUGGAUGGCGAAGUUGUUACCUAUGAUGAAGCGUCACCUUUAUCAGAACGGAGGGCCGAUUAUUACAGUACAGGUGGAGAACGAGUAUGGCAGUUACUUCGCGUGUGAUUUUGAUUACCUGCGUCACCUGGUGAAACUCUUCCGCUAUCACCUGGGGGACCAAGUGGUUCUGUUCAGCACAGACGGAGCCGGACUCGAGUACCUGAAGUGCGGAGCUCUGCAGGGCGUCUACGCCACCGUCGACUUCGGACCUGGUGGAAAUGUGACGGAAUCUUUUGAAGCUCAGAGAUCCGCAGAACCUCGCGGCCCACUGGUGAACUCAGAGUUUUACACUGGCUGGCUGGAUCACUGGGGAGAACCUCACUCUGUCGUUCCUACUGAAUCUGUGGUCAAGACCCUGAUCGAGAUCCUGGAACUGGGUGCAAACGUCAACCUCUACAUGUUUAUUGGAGGAACGAAUUUUGCGUAUUGGAACGGUGCGAAUACGCCGUACGCCCCUCAGCCCACCAGCUACGACUAUGACGCUCCGCUCACGGAGGCCGGAGACCUGACGCCGAAAUACUUCGCCAUCCGUGAUGUCAUCAAAAAGUAUAAGACGAUACCAUCUGGAGUUUUGCCGCCGUCUACGCCCAAGUUUGCGUAUGGAGUCGUGCAGAUGAAGAAACUGACGACUGUAUCAGAAUCUCUGGACAUUCUCUCCAUCUCUGGUCCAGUAAAGUCUCCUUAUCCUCUCACCUUCAUCGAGCUCAAUCAGCACUUCGGCUUUGUUCUUUAUCAGACGUCACUCCCUGUGGACUGUUUAAACCCGACUCCUCUCUCGUCUCCGCUGAACGGAGUUCAUGACCGAGCGUACGUCACUGUAGACGGAGUGGCUGUAGGGAUUCUGGAGAGAGACAAGACUCUCAGUAUUAAUAUAACUGGGAGAGCUGGGAGCACACUGGACGUGUUGGUGGAGAACAUGGGCCGAGUCAAUUACGGCAAAUACAUCAAUGACUUCAAGGGUCUGGUGUCGAACCUCACACUGGGGGCAGAAACUCUGCGGAACUGGACGGUGUUCAGUCUCAGUAUAGACGAGGUGGUGAAGGAGGGGCUGCUGUGGGACAUGGCCUCUCUACAGGGCGCUGACUCCGCCCACUCUGAUGCCCCACCCAACCUGAUGCCCUGUCUGUCUCCGCCUACAUUCUACGGAGGAACGCUGGAGAUUCCUGAUCACAUCCCAGACCUGCCGCAGGACACGUACAUCCAGUUUCCUGACUGGAGCAAGGGUCAGGUGUGGAUCAACGGUGUGAAUGUGGGUCGUUAUUGGCCAUCUCGCGGUCCACAGGUCACUCUGUUCGUUCCUGCGUCUCUCCUCAGCACCGAGUCGCCCAAUAACAUCACACUGCUGGAGCUGGAGGCGUGUCCCUGCAGCCAGGGGCAGUGUGUGGUCCAGUUCACACACACACCAAUUAUCAACUCCACUGUCACACACACCAAACCACACACAAGGGAGAAAACUCUGAACACACACACACACACACACACCUGAACACACAUACAUGCCCUGAACACACACACCUGAACACACAUACAUGCCCUGAACACACACACACACAUGCCCUGAACACACACACCUGAACACACACACAUGCCCUGAACACACACACACACACACCUGAACACACAUACAUGCCCUGAACACACACACACACACAGACCAACACUCCAUGUACACACACAUGCCCUGUACACACACACACACACACACACACACAAACACUCCGUGUACACAAACAUGCCCUGUACACACACACACACACACACACACACAUAGACCAACACUCCAUGUACACACACAUGCCCUGUACACACACACAUACACAAACACUCCGUGUACACACACAUGCCCUAUACACACACACACACACACAUACACAAACACUCCGUGUACACACACAUGCCCUGUACACACACACAAACACACACAUACACAAACACUCCGUGUACACACACAUGCCCUGUACACACACACAAACACACACAUACACAAACACUCCGUGUACACACACAUGCCCUAUACACACACACACACACAUACACAAACACUCCGUGUACACACACAUGCCCUGUACACACACAUACACACACACAUACACAAACACUCCGUGUACACACACAUGCCCUAUACACACACACACACACACAUACACAAACACUCCGUGUACACACACAUGCCCUAUACACACACACACACAUACACAAACACUCCGUGUACACACACAUGCCCUGUACACACACACACACAUACACUCCGUGUACACACACAUGCCCUAUACACACACACACACACACACACAUACACUCCGUGUACACACACAUGCCCUAUACACACACACACACAUACACAAACACUCCGUGUACACACACAUGCCCUGUACACACACACACACACUCUGAACACGCUGUGUGUGUCUGGAGUUUUUGUCACUCAGGGAUUUUAUAAUCAAAACUUUUGCACUUUUCUCAUUGCGGGUAAAUCAGAGUGAAAUCAGACUCUACAGCUUUUAAAUCUUUUCUAGCUUUCAGUUCUGUUUGUAACGAUUUACCUGAAAUGUUUACUGUAAGGAAAUAUUCUGUACUUUGAUUAAAGGAGUAAAUAAUAAAAAAUAAAUUCAUUACGUUUUAA